UCCUGUUCCGCUUUAUUUAUUGAUUUUUCUAAAGGAUUGGAUGAUUCAUCGUUUUUAAAUACUUUUUUGUUUUUUGACGUUAAUCUCUUUUUUAGCUUAUUAACAUUCUUUUUAACAUUAUUUGCCCUUUAAUGGAUGGAUUAGCAAAGCGAAGUUCACGCCGUUCUUUGUUUGGGUCUGGACGGGCGCCUGAGACGGACGAAUGGUUAAAAGAGUUGGAAAACAAAAAUAUGGAAGAAAAAGUUAAAAAAUGGAAUUUCGAUUUUCGAGAAGACAAACCUCUGGAUACUAACGAAACUUCGACUAGUCAUGUUUACGAAGCGGUGAACGAGGAGAAGGUCCCUUCUUUUUACCAUACAAAAACUGUUGGAGCUUCCGGAGUUUCUCGUUCAUUAUUUAUUCAUCCAGCAAAGGUUACCAAGCAAUCAAAUUUGAAAAUUGGACAUGAAAAAGUGGUUAAAACAACAAUUACUUCAAAGGCGAAAGGAUGUGUUCCAUCCACUAGUGAAUUGGAUGAUGUACAUGAAGAGGAGAAACCAACAGUUUCAACAUCAACAUUACCUUCUUCCUCUACUUCACUUCCAAGCCCUCACAAGCGUUUACGCAAAGCUCGACGUAGUGAAAUUACUCCACAAAAAAGGAAAAAAGUUGUUGCGACAUCAACAACUGGGAUUGGAAGGAAGCGGGCUAAGAGAGGAAUUAAAAUGGAAAAGGAUGGUUGA